GGGUUAUUUGCCCUUUUGGGCUGAUAAAUACAGGAAAAUCACAUUUGCCAACAGUUCACUCCUUUAGAAGGACCUCGCUUUUUUUAACUUGAAGUGACAUUACAGUUCUCUUCAGUUUUCUUGUAGGUAACCACAAAAAUGGCUGACUCUCGCAAGGUUCAACUCAAAAAGAGAUUCUGCGGCAAAACUGGCAGUGUUUUGUCGAUGCUUUUUAUGACCUCUUCGUUCUUUCUGGUUGAAAUUAUUGUGGGGUAUGCGACGAAUUCAAUGGCGCUUGUAGCCGAUUCGUUUCACAUGUUAUCGGACGUUUUGUCACUGCUGAUCGGAUUUUUUGCCUUGCGGUACUCUAAGCGCAGUCAACGAACUGAAAGAAACACAUUUGGAUGGCAAAGAGCUGAAGUAUUGGGAGCUUUGGUGAACGCUGUGUUCUUGAUUGCACUGUGCUUUUCCAUCCUUGUCGAGUCGCUGAAGCGAUUAGUCGAGACAGAAGAGAUCCACAAUCCUAUUCUCGUUCUUAUUGUGGGAGUCGCUGGUUUGUUGAUAAACGUAGUCGGUUUGAUUCUCUUCCAUAAACAUGGACACGGGCAUAGCCAUGGAGGAGGAGGACAUGGACAUAGCCAUGGAGCCCAGAAUGGAACUGAUGUGAAAGAUCUAUUGGUAUCCAACAAUGGUGAAACCACAGGAAUGGUGCGGAAGUCGAGCCAUUCGUCCGAAGAUGGAAAUGAAUUGAUCAGCGAAAUUUCAAAUGGCGUUGUACCAGAAGUUUUCUUGUCAGAAGGAAAUGGGAAGGUCCACACAGUUGUUUCAAAAUCAAACACUUCUCAAAUGAAAGUCAAGUCUAGCUCUCAGCUUAACAUGCGCGGUGUAUACCUCCAUGUCCUUGGUGAUGCCUUGGGGUCUGUCAUUGUUAUCAUCAGUGCUUUGAUAAUCAAGUAUGCCUCUGGUAAAUGGACAAUUUAUGUGGAUCCAGGCAUGAGUAUUAUCAUGGUUCUACUUAUUCUGAAGACAUCCAUCCCCCUGAUGCGUGAAUCGUCCCUGAUCUUGCUUCAAACUGUUCCCACACACAUCAAGAUCAAAGAGGUACAAGAUCGACUGUUGGACAACGUGGAAGGCGUGCUGAGUGUGCAUGAAUUUCAUGUUUGGCAAUUGGCUGGGAAUAAGAUUAUUGCAUCAGCCCAUAUAACCUGCCGUUCUCCAGAUGAAUACAUGAACAUUGCCAACAAAAUAAAGAGGUUCUUUCACAAUGAAGGCAUUCACUCUACAACUAUCCAACCAGAGUUUGUUGUGGAAAAUGAAACAGACAGCCAGUGUGCCUUGGAGUGUGGGAAAGAUGAGAAUUGCGCUGCACAGAAAUGUUGCCCAGGUGAAAAUGAAACAGAGAUGCGCAAACGUGGUGCUUGCCUAACAGAUGGGAAGGGUGAGCUAAUAAAUCAUGAAACAAUGGUAUAAAAGUGUCAACAUCUAUAUUUACAGAUUGUAGGAUGAUAUGCAAUAAAUUUUUAUGAACUGGGGACAUUCAUUCAUUCAACUCUUUAAGUAUCAACUCAUUGGACUUGAACUGUCUGCCAUACAUUUCUAAGCUCUGAGAAUUUGUUUUUCAAUGAGCAUUAUCCCCCAGUGUGAUGUUCUCUCUGUGUGAACAGUGUAUUGAAGUUGUAAGGAGAUUUUUCAUAUUUGUCACUCCUGGGAUUGAAGGGCUUAAAUGUAUUUUGUAAAUAUUUAAACCUUUCUCUCCCGAGAUCUUAUUACUAAUUCCCCUUACUGACCACAAUACAUUUUUUUGUGAUGAGAAUUUGGUUUUGGAUUAAAUGAUCCCCUAAUUGGUAUUUUUCUUUAUUCUCAUCGCUUGUGAGCUUGAUGUGGUAUUGAAAUAUUGUUAAGAGAAAUUCUAUCAGACUCUCAUUGGAGGGAAAGUUUUAAUUGAGAAAAUGUAGUAGAUACAUGUAAGCUGCUUAGUAGUUUAUUACUCUUAGCUUUUGGUGAAUUUUCAGCCAAAUUUGUUUUGCAAAGGUUAAUGUAAUCUGAUUGCAUGUUCAGAUCACAUAGAGGAAAGUGAUCCUGAAAAGGACUGCUGUUAGUCAUAGUGACUAGCAUUUUGACAACCUUGGUGGAAGUCAGCAGUCAGAAUGACUUUUCAUCACUUGAGUGAAAUGUUAGCUUCUACUGAGAUGUUGAAGUGUCAGUUGCUACUGCUCCUACUGACAUCAGCCCUUCCUUCCACUCCAACUGGACAAAUAAACUAUGCAAUCAAAUUUAACUCCUGGGAGCAAACUGUGCUAUUGAUAAAAAUUAAUUUUAGUAUUUUCUUAAAUAUAACAUUAUGGUACAUGACAUAUAUUUAAACUGAGUUGUCACACAACAAAUUACAUUUAUCUUAACAGCCUUUUAAUGGUGAAAAGCUAGUUUUGAGGGCUGAUAUUUGUGGUUAUUCAGUUGUAUUUAGCCCUUAUUUACUCUAGAUCGUACAAAGCUUUAUUCUAAGUGAUCCAUUCUGUGUGACUGACUUGUCUCUAAAGUUUAUUUAAGGAAUUUAAAUUCCCUGUGUCAUUGUUUACAUGAUUUAUUUACAUAAGUCCCCUAGUUCACCAAACAUAGUGGAAAAGGAGCUUGUAAGGGACAAAUUGAUUGAUUUGAAAAACCAAAAUAUAUAAAAUUAUGUGAAAGGCUAUGUAAUUAUACUUAGAGAGAGUUACAUGUAUGUUAGUAGUUGAAAUAUUAUGUCUAACACCUAAAUUUCUAGUCAUGAUAUACGGCCGUCUUGAGACUAUGCUAAGGGGACAAUUUUUUAGCUAGUUUUAGUUGGCCUGAACCAUUUAACAAAUUGAUUCCAUGUUGCUGUGCUUCUGUUCAGUGUCAGAAAAUAGAUGAUGCCAAAAUGUGAUAGGAACAAAGAAAUAGCACAUAUGGCACAGCUGAGUGUGUCGCUGAUGUCUUCUGUGAUCUGUUGUACACUGGGUUCUGUUUUGAAUUAUAUAAUAAGCUCAGUUAUGCACGCAUUCUGAUUGGUUCUCACACAUGAUCUAUUGGAGGACAGACGUAUAGAUGAGGUCAUCAUUAAAACUUUUUUCAAAUCUUUACUAUAUAAAACAAAUAGAUUCCAAGUUGCCGUGCGCCUGUUCAGUAAUAGAUCACAGAGUACAUCAAAAUGUGGUAAGAACAUCAGUGACACACUCGGCUGCACCUUGUGUGCCACUUUUUUUUUCUUACCACAUGAUGGUAAGCGGUAUAUUAACAGAGUGACAUUCGUUAGGAUUUGUUCACUAGUUCUAAAGUAGUAUUUAAGUUAUCCAUUUGCUUACAUCACAAUUGUGGUAGUGUAGAUAAAUUCUAUGUAAUCAAGAAGGUUAAGCUUGGUGAACACUCCAUCAAAUCAUAACAUUUAAAAGUUUAUUUUAUGGGAAGUACAAUCUUCAUCAUUUUAUUGGUGGGUUUGAGGUAUUAAUAUAGAUGUUAUGGGAAAAUUGUAUGAGGGACAAAUGUAAGGAAUACUUAUGCUGCAAAAAGGAAAUAUCUUAAUAUAAAGCCUAAUGUUUCCAAAAACUCACAGCAUCAAUUAAGGAUUGAGAGCUGAGCAAAGUUUGAUUUCUCAUCUUUUUAAGCUUAAUGCACAGUUAGCAUUUUUGACAGGUCAAAAUUACUGGUUAAUCCUUUACAAGAGAUUAAUAUGUAAGUUCUUCCCAUAAUAUCCGUUCAUUAUCCAGAAACAGGUAAUGAGAAUAUUCAAACUUAUCUGGUGUAAGUUAUUAUUCUGAUCCAACACCAAAUUCUUGUAACUAAUUUACAAGAGAAUGUGUUGCAGCUAGAAGGUAGAAUUAACAACCAGUCUAAUCUUGCGUGUUAAAGGGUUAAACAGUAACAUACAAAUCUGUGCUACGCCACUAAACCCUGGUGUCUCUAGAAAAGAAUAGAGACUAACAGCGGAUUAUUAAACGUGUCACUGGGUGUCUUAAAAGUAGUAAAUAAAAAAGGAAAAAAUACAAGUAUAAACGAGAAGUUGGUUUGUUACAAGUGAAUACUGAUGGUAGGCAGGUUUCAGGUUUAAAUCAAAACACGGUGACACGUUAUUCAAUUACGACGUCGUUUGAACUGUUUUCCCAUUUGGUGAUCAUCAUGCAUUUGUUGUGACGUCUGAAGUUAGAACGAUCACUUGUUUUGUGACGUCUGAAGUUAAAAUGAUCACGUAUUUAUGGUGACGUCUGAAAAAAGAGUUUUUUUAAAAAUUUUUUUAGAACCUGAAAUGUGCCUGUAAUGCCAACUUACAACUAUUUGUGUUUUUUUUACGUGUCGAAUAAGUCCGAAUUUAACAUAUAUUUUGAAUAUUUUAGAUGUUCAUUGCAUCAUAAUUUUCAACUAUUUUGUUUACUUCACUUGAAGGGUGUAGAAUCUCUUACAAAAGAGAUUGAAGUUAAGUUUCUUAUAUGCCGUAGUUUGCGUUCGGUUAUAGAUCCGCAAUGUUUAUGAUUUUGAUAAAGUUUUAUUUGACUGAAACUUAUUUUUAGACAAAGUAUCAUUAAAGGUGAAUAUUAAAGAGA